AGCCUUAUUAAUUUUCUUAAUUUUAAAUACCCAUUAUUAUUACCUUAAAAAUCUCCUUUCUUAUGCUACCAUAAUUUCCCCAAAACAACCCAAAAACCCCACUCCAAAAUCUCCACCACUACUUUCCCCUCCGUAUCCCUUCAUCCACUCCCCCACCCCAUUCCUUCCUCUCUCUUCAUCUAAUCCCUCUCACCCAUACAAUUCCUUACCCUACCUCUGCUCCAGCUAAACCCUGAGCUGGCAUGGAUCCUCUAUUCUUACCUGCAGCAGAUUUCAAAAGACAUCUGGUCGUUGGGCUGAAGUUAGUUCAGUUUAGAGAGUUGUGGGCUUAUGGGGUUGGUUUGAGUUGUUGAGUGGUUCUGUAGAGGCAUGGGAGGAUAGGAGAGAGGAUUUGGUGAAGAAGUUAGGGUUUGGGGUAGGGGAGAUUUUUUGGGGUUAAAAAAGUAACUUGGAUUGGGGAGUUUUGGGAAUUUGUUGUGUUGGGGAUAGAGGAUGAGAUGGAUUUGGGAGGUGAAGGGGGUGGGUUUUAAUUGUGUUUCUUUAGAUUUUGAUGGUUUGGAUAUCGGCAAUAGCGGUGGCGAUUUGUUGACAAGAUGGUUAUUAUUCGUUUAAUAACGGGUGUAAGCCAUGAGAUUCGUCGUGUAAGAGUUGAUCUCAGGAUGGUAAAUGAAAUACUUGUGAUCAGUUUAUGCAACUUUUAGCAUCUAAUCUCUGUGGUCAUUGACCUGAUGGAGAAUACUUUGAUUUUACAUCCAAAAUUUGUAGAAUUUGUCCCAGUUCUUGAGAUGGAGCUUGAGCUUAUCAAAGCAUCUGACUUGAUUGACCUUCUGGUCAGAGUUUAGACUUGAAAACUCUUGAAUGAAAGACUAGCUGAAAUCCUGCAACUCAAGUUGAGCUUACAGGCUCACAGAUAUCGCUAGCUAGUGUAUGCAGAGAUUUUGAAUACUAUGUUGACCCUACUUCCACAGAAGUUAUCGAACUUGGAACUCAAAAGUACCCAUACAGAACCCUCAAAUCAGUGGCUUCAGAGAUUUUGAAUUACUUAUCUCACAAGGAAGUUGAAGUCACAAUCCACACCAAAGAUGUAUACCUUGAAGACAAGACAAUGUUCUUUGUCAACAUCACAAACGUAAAAAUCACGACCCAUCCAGACCUCACUGCUUAUGGACUAAAGGCAGUUCUGACAUUAACUGAAUUUCCUCAAGCAACAAUCAGCAAGAAGGCCAAAUUCCACUUACUGACCCACACAGAUCUCCCUUUUAGCGCUCUUAUUACAGCUGGAGAUUUCACUGAUUCUGAGAAGGCACAAGCUGGCAACUUUAUGUCCAAUUGCAUUGUUCGUUCAGGAAUAGAAUUCAAUAAUAUUGAUAUAUACAGGGAAGAAGUUGAUUACAAUAAGAAUAACCUGUUCCUUCAGGCUAUUUAUCUCCAAAAUAUGGACAUCCGGUUUAUUAACACAUUCAUUAAUAUAAGUGGGCAAGUGCUUCUCACAACUGAUCCGUUUAAUCUGGUAAUUCAUGACUCCAAGAUAGACAUGUACACUUUAACAGAGCAGUUUGCUAUAUAUGCAGGGUGUAAUUAUCCAGAAGCACACAAGACUGCUACUAUUGAUGUGAGAAAUUACACAAUGAUGAACUCUAAAGAUAGAACGUUGAGUGAGAAUCCUCGUGGUAUUGACUCUAAUCAUGCAGGCAACUGGACAAUCAGAGAGCUUGAUGCUACAAGUUUUUAUGGAACUGUAUCUGAUAUUUCUUCAACUAUUAGUCUUGUUCAGUUUCCGUAUUGAAAUCCUGAUGAUGAUUUAGUGAGAACUAUAGAUGUGGAUGGAGUAAAAUUUAGCCACGGAGACUCAAAUCCUUCAAAAGUGAGCGGAUUACAUAGUGAUAUUACUGUCAGCCAUUAUCGGCCAAUACAUGUCAUUGGGAAUAACUUACAUUUCUUCAAUCUUUCAUAUCCUGGAUUUCCUCUAAUUGCUAUUGCUGGAUCUCAAAUUGAUAUACUGAAUAUACAAAGUAUGAAGGUCACUAAUUGUGAUCUAAUAGAUGCUCUGUUUUAUGCUAUUUUUAUUAAAGAAGUUACCUUUGGGGAUAGUACUAAAAAUGAGACUUCGAUUGAAAUGGACUCAAUGUCUAUUAAAGUUCCGUCUGCUUUCUUGGUUAACUACCUCCAGAAAUUCGAAUUUUAUAACCUGAAGUUGACUAAUUUCACAGGUUCUCCUACAAGUAACUUAGCACUAAUCCAAUGUCUGCUUUUCCAAAAUUCUGUAUUUAAAGUGAGGUCUUUGGAAGUAGACCAGUCUAAUUUUCAAACUUCAAAGUUGGUAUUUGCUUCUGAACUCAUGAAUGAAGUUGUUUUUGAAGACAUAGAAAUUACAGGGAGUACAAUCAAUCCUUCGAGUAGCUUGUUUUUGCUCAAUAGCAUCCAAAGCUUACAGUUUGUAAAUGCUACCUUUACUGGUGUCACUGUUGUGGAUGUCAAUGAUGUAGAUAGCUCCAUUAUAAGGAUAGAGGAAUAUUCUUUGCAGGAUCAGCUAAAUUCUAACAUACAAAAUGUUGAAUUGUCCGAGAGUCAGGUCUCUUUGUUUAAUCUUGUUAAGUUAUCCAAGAGUGCAGUUGAAGAGCAAACUUUUAAUUUCACUAAUAUUCUUUUUCAUGAUAUGAUUAUUCCCAGUUCGAGAAAUCUCAUUGACACAUCUGGUUUUGUCGGUACUGGGGAACUCAGAGUUUCAAUGGAUAAUCUCACUUUUGUUAGAGUAAAUUACACGAGAAGUGGAAACAAUCUUAAGUUCAGUCACAGUCUGGACCAUGAAGUUACUAUCAAAAAUUCUCACUUUAUAAACUCAGACUCCUCAUCAAUACUAUUAGAUAAGGCUAGUGAUGGAGCCAAUGUCAGAACUGAAGUUAAGUUUGAGAACUGCACAUUCUCAAAUAAUAUUGUCAAGAGCAAAGCCGCUGUUCAAAUCAGAAACUCUGUGAAGCUGAUAGUAGUUAAUUCAAAGUUUUCUCAAAUAGCUUCUCUUUUCGAAAGAUCUACACUAUUUCACUCAGAAGGAGGCUCAGAACUAGUUAUUACUAAUUGAGAGUUUACACAAAACUAUGGGCUUGUAGCAUCUUUGUUUACUAUUGAGUCUGAGGCUCAUGUAAAAUGAUCUAACUGAACAAUCAAUAAUAAUUUUGCAUUAUCUGGAGGACUCAUAAGAGCUUUGAGUAAUGGAUACUUUAGUAUUGUCAACUCAACAAUCACACAAAACCAUGCAAUACAGGCUUCAAUUGCGCAGAUCUUUGAUGCUUCUGAUACUAGUAGUGUAGAUAGUUCUGAGGUGUUCAGUAAUAGUCCUCUCUUAAGCAGCGAAUAUGAGUCAGAGAAAACUUCAUGCUCUGAACUGUGUUUCUUAUCUGAUGAGUUCAAAGAGUAUGUAGCAACCAAUAACCUGCAUAACUUGGUUGAGUCUCAAGUGUUAUUUGAGGUUAUUUCAGGCUCUUUUUCUGUGAGAAACAACUCAAAAAUUUACUCUGAACAAUACCCAAUUUUGAGUUUGAUGUCAGAUAUCCACAUUGAUUCAUCAAUGCUGAGCAAUCUGUCAUUUGCAUCUACAUCUAUCAAAGUGGCAACGUCAUUGAUAGUUCUUAAUAAUGUUACUUUUGAUAACAUUUCUACCCAAGCAGGCUCUGAGUUGAUUCUUGGAGAUAUUGGAAGUGUCAUCAACUUGACAAAUGUCCACUUUAAGUCUUCAAAUGCCCUAUUCUGAAGAAUCACUUCAAGCCAACUUGACAUGGACCGUGUAGUUAUUGAAAAUAUUCAUGGUCCCAAAGACUUAAUUCAGAUAGAAAAUUCAGAUAAAAUAAAAUUACAAAAUAUAGAAGUUAUCAAUUCAACAGUAAAUUCAGAUAAUUUGAUAUUUAUCUCAAGAUCUACUCAGGUGGAAAUAAAUGGUUUCUUUGCGAGAAACAAUGCUGAUAAGAAUGUGAUAUCGAUCACCAAAUCUCAUGUUUCUCUUAUUCAAAAUAUUGACAUCCAGAGUUCCUUGAGAGCAUUGCAAAUCAGUCAGACCACCAUUGAUAAAAUCAACGAGUGUAAUUUUAUCCGGAACGGUAACAUUGAAACUAGUGUAGGGGGAGCAAUGCUGAUGCAGAACAGCAAAGCCACCGUCGUAAACUCAACUUUUAGCCACAAUGUGGGUGUCAAGGGAGCUGCCAUCGCUUUUGAAUGUACAUCAUUGACACUGUGUGACUUGAGAUUGGACAGAGUCAAUUUCACGAAUCAGAGAGCAUCUGAGCAAGGAGGCGCUAUAAACUAUAAUUACAGAAACCCAACUAUCACGAAUUGCACAUUUACAGACAACAGUGCUCAGUACGGACCUGAUAUAGCAAGCUAUUCAGUUAAAAUUAGAAUAACUCAAGAUAUUCAUUCAGAUAUGAGUCUCAAGGAUGUUGGUUCAGGGAUUGGCUUAGAUUAUCCUAUUAAGUUAUCUCUGCUGGAUUUUGAUAAUCAGACAAUGAUCAUGGACAAUGCUGGUCAAAUCUCGAUAUUUGCAGUAGACACUCAAAGCUCAGCAGUUAGAGAAACUAAUACAGUUCAACUUAAGAACGGAGUUUCGGAAUUUGAUGAUAUCCAGUUUGUAUCUAAAAUCGGUUCUGAAAAUGUAAAAUACAGAGCUGUGUCUAAGGCUAUUGAUAAUAACAAGGUAGAUGAAGUGUUUGGAGACUCUUUGCUUUCCAAUCAAAUUUCUGUGGAUUUUAGGUUUUGAAAGCCUGGGGAGCAUAUUGACAGCCAAAACAUUUGAGCCGAAUGCUCAGCUGGAACCUACUCACUCAAAUGGAAUUCCACUUUUUGUAACAAAUGUUUGGACAAUGCUUUCUGACCAGGAAAAGAGAAAAUACAACUCUAUCCUGGGUACUGGAGAAACACUAGAAACUCUACUGAGAUUAAAGAGUGCUUGAAGUCAAAUGCUUGCAAAGGAGGGUUCUUAUCCAAUGCAACUCAUCCUGUUGAAUGAGCUGAAGGUUAUACUGGAAAUUUGUGAAGUAAAUGCAUCGUCAAUGAAGAUGCUAAAUACGCGAGGACUGGAGACUUCGAAUGUUCUAAAUGCCCAGAACCAGUAUUUAAUGCAAUUAGAGUAAUCGGAACAGGAUUGUUAGUAUUCGCCUUUUUAUGCUACCUGAUUAUUAUUAACAUUCGAAAAACAAAAGAAAGUAAUCUUUCGGUUCUCUUCAGGAUUUUGACGAAUUAUAUCCAAAUAGUGUCAACUUCAAUCAGUCUAACAGGAGACUAUCCGAACUCUAUUACAACCUUCUUUUCAUUUACUGAUGAAAUUGGCUCAUCAAGUGAGACUUUUCUUUCGUUUGACUGCUUUGUCGAAGAUUAUGAAAUAAAAGGCCCCUUUGAUUCAAACUCAAUAUUUAAACUAUUCUUGAUGGGUCUUCUGCCAAUUAUUCUCUUUUCUCUUGUAGCAUUGCUAAUGAUCAUUUUCAAAGCUAUUCGACCAUCAAGAAUAAAAAGUAUCGAGCGUAAUUUUGUGAUUGGCUUCAUUUCGAUCUUAUUCUUACUUCACCCCACUAUGACUGAGCAGAGCUUCGGAUUAUUCAGAUGUGUUGAAAUUGACAAAGGAGUAUCCAAAGUCAGAGUGGAUAUGGACAUUGAGUGAUACUCUGCAAGACACUUAAAGUAUUGCCUGACCAUUGCAGGUCCAAUCAUUCUUAUCUGGGUAAUAUCCUUACCAGUUAUUGCUCUGAUACUACUGAUAAAGUAUGCCAACAAGCCAGGGGAGAACAAAGUCAAAAUAUAUUUUUUGAUUCUAAUCCAAGGACUGAAUAAGUCUUCAUUUUAUUGGGAAUUUGUUAACACGGCUAGGAAGAUAUCUGUGAUAAUUACAUUUCCUUUCAACACUACCACUAGACUAUUCUGCGCUCUGGCUGUGCUGAUUGUAUUCACUAGAUUGAAUGACACUUUGAAGCCCUACAAAGAAUCCUCUUUUAACUCUCUCGAAAUAUCUGGAUCAAACGCAGGUAUCAUAAUACUCGCUGCUGGGCUAGUAUAUUCCCAAGAUGAAGGUGUAAAUUCUCUAAACACAGUAAUGAUGGUGAUAGUCUUUACAUUCAACACUUAUUUCAUCCUAGAAUGGACAUACCAAUUCCUAAGAUUAUACAAGAAGCAGUACAAAUUCAUCAGCCCAGCUAUCACUCUUCUAGGCAAGAUAUUACUGAAGAAGAAGUUAGAAGUCUCCACUGAAGCUACUCAGAAGAAAUUCAUUGGAUCUGUUGUGAUCGCCAAGAAGAAUAAGAAAGUUAAGAAGAAGCUUAAGAAGGCUAGACACAAGCAUAAGCUUAGAUGUAAGCAUAAGCACAAGAGAUUUUUUGAAGAGAAGCACAUCAGGACUCCUCACAAAUUGGAGAAGGAUGCUUCAUAUUUCAAGAAAAUUCUGGCAGGAGGAGUCAGUUUUGAUGACUUGAGCCAGACUGAUAGGAUAUUCAUGAUGAGCAAAAUGAGUUCUAUGAGAGGCAAUAAAUUCAUAAAAUCUUCUGAGAGAAGAGAUGCGAUUUCAAUAGUAAAGAAGAUGGGGAAAGCUAUAGGAGAUGACCUCAAUGUGGAAAAUUGUUUCCCCCUCAAGAAAAGUAUACAACCUUCUCCUAUGCUUACAGAUCUCAAGGAAGAGUCUAAGAGCAAUCCUUCAGGAGAUAGUAAUGAAAUACCAAUUGCAAGCUCUCCUAACAAUCCAGACUCGAUCAUACUUCCUGACUUGAUAUACGAAUUAAGCUUAGAAUCAAAAGAUAAUAGUUCAAAAUCUAAAAAAUUGUAAAAACCUAAACAG